AUGGGUGGUGCCUCUGGCUCGAAGGCCGUUGGCAAAGACCUUGCUGCUGUUCUGCCAAAAGAUCCUUGGUACAAGCGACCAGGGCUGAUCAAGCUUAACUUCAGUCUGAUCUCUCUGGUCCUCUUUUCUUCUGCCAACGGAUAUGAUGGAUCUCUUAUGAACUCCCUGCAAGCAUUAUCUCAAUGGCAGGAUUUCAUGGGAAACCCCAGCGGCGCCUGGCUCGGUUGGAUCAACGCAAUCUACUGGCUCGGGGCAGGCAUCUUUUUCCCUAUUGCUGCUUGGAUUUCCAACAAGUAUGGGCGCAAGCCGGGUAUCUACGUUGGCUAUAUCUUCCUCGUCCUCGGCUCCUUGCUACAGGCACUUACCCCCAACGUUACUGGAUUCAUCCUCGCCCGUUUCUUUGUCGGUUGUGCGUCGGCAUUGUUUGGCAAUGGUGCCCCUGUUUUAAUCAACGAAGUCGCCUACCCAACACAUCGCGGUAUAUUGAAUGCUCUCUUCAUGUGUGGAUGGUAUGUCGGUGGUUCUGUCGCAGCAUGGGAGACUUUCGCCACCCGUAACUAUCCAAGCCACUGGGCCUGGAGACUGCCAUCCCUUUUGCAGAUCCUGUUGCCACUCGUCGCUCUGCCUGGCCUACUCAUGGCACCGGAAAGCCCAAGGUGGCUCAUAUCUCAGGAUAGAUCUGACGAGGCACGUGAGAUUCUUGUCAAGGCGCACGCUGGUGGUGUUCAAGACUCCCCACUCGUCAACUACGAGUUUGUUGAGAUUCAAACUGCCAUUAAGGCCGAACAAGAAGCUCACGGAAACGCCUCGUACAUGGAGAUGGUCAAAACCCCCGGCAACAGAUAUCGUCUAUUCAUCUCCAUUAGCUUAGGUAUCUUCGCGCAGUGGGCUGGCAAUGGCGUGGUCAGCUACUACCUCUCAUUAGUGCUGAACACUGUGGGCGUCAUUAGCGUCACAGACCAGACUCUGAUUUCCGCCUGCCUCCAAGUAUGGAACCUCAUCUUCUCAGUAGCAGCUGCUCUGUGCGUCGAUAAGGCGGGUCGAAAGCCCCUGUUCAUGGCAUCGGCGAUUAUCAUGCUGGUGUCGUUUAUCCUCGUCACUGCCUUGUCGGGUUCAUUUGCUGAGCAGGGAAAUCCUGCUACAGGUGUAGCAGUUAUUCCUUUCCUCUUCAUCUUCUUUGCUGGAUAUGACAUUGCCCUUACUCCCUUCUUGACUGCCUACCCUUGCGAAAUCUGGCCGUUCAGGCUUCGCAGCCGUGGCUUGACGGUUACUUGGGUUGCUGCAAUCACAGCCAUCUUCUUCAACACAUUCGUCAACCCGAUCGCGCUUGAUAGUAUCGGCUGGAAGUACUACAUCGUGUUUGUCGUCGUACUUCUGGUCAUGGCCGUCACUGUGUUCUUUUACUACCCCGAGACCCGCGGACGUUCGCUUGAACAGAUUGCCGUGAUAUUCGAUGGUGACGCUGCGGAAGUCCCGGAUAUGAGCCGGGUGGAAAUAUUGAAGGCCGGCAAGGUUGAGAUGGAAGAACACGUGUAG